AUGAUCGAGGAGCUCCUUCGCCUGGCAGGAUCCGAAGUCGGGGUCAGCGUCCUGGUGGUGCCAAACGAUGGCGCUCUCCUUGUGCUCCAUGGAGGACCCGUCAGUCGUCUCCAUGUAGAGUCUCAUUACAGGCUCUGCCAUUUUCUUCCAGUCAAAGUCGGGGGUCAGCAAGCAUGUCUCCCACGGAGCAUCCGCGCUCCACCUGCCAGAAAACAACCACAGGAUUGUCAGCCAUGGCCGGAUCGAACGAAUGCAAUCGACAGUUCUAUCGAUGGAACAGAGAUCUUAAAUCAGAGUAAAACCAGUAGUGCUAAGAUUAAAAGGGGAGGAUGAACAAUGUGGCAAGAAAUAGGCUCUAAAGAUCAAACAGACUUGAAUUCGCAUGCUGGUAAUGAAUGAAGUCGCUUCCAUCAGACACCCAUGGCAACAUUAUGAAUUCCUACGUAGCCCACAAUCUGAAGAACAAAGAUUCAUCUGCGUAAGAUGAAGUCAACUGAGCUACGUACCUGUGGAAACCUCUGAAUUUCCCAUGGUACUGAGCAAUUUUAUUAAUUCCCUGACUACUUCCAAUUAUCUACCGUGAGUCGUAAAAAUGAUGCAGGAACAAGGAAACGUAUGUUCGGUGAGAAAGGCAGACCUAGUGAAGAAGCCAUGCUCUGCAGAGAUGCCCAGCUUCUCAACUGGGCCAAACCAUCUGCUCAAGGAAUCUUUCCCCCUGCCACUAACAACAAAGACGACAUUCUUUGGAUCGCUGCAGAGGCUCUUGAGCACCGAAAUGACCUCGUCGCUCGGGGACUUGUUCUCUGAAGCCUGGGGCAUCAUUGUGCCAUCAUAAUCGAGCAAGAUCAGCCGGCUGCUGGUCUUCCUGUAAUCCGAAGCAAUGCGUUCCACAGAGAGCUUCCUAAAGUUUGGGCCGAGGGCCACAACCCUGAAGCACAGGCCGAACCCGAUCCCCCAGCACCUCUUGGAGAAAUGAUCUCUGCAGGCUCUCUGCAGGUCCUGAUCGAAGCUCCUCGCCCAGUAAGCUACAUCGUGGGAGGUGACAUACUUGAAGUGCUUCUCAUGCCUAAGCUGCUUCUCCGGCUCUGGCAUCUUGAUGGCUAGAUUCAUGGCGUCAGCCACUGCAUCCACAUUCCAGGGGUUCACUCUGAUCGCGCCGCUGAGGGAUGGGGAGCAGCCGAUGAACUCCGAAACCACAAUCAUGCUCUUCUUCGGCUUGCCACCAAGGGCUGGGCUCCACUGCCGGCAUACGGUGUACUUGUAAGGCACCAGGUUCAUUCCGUCCCUGACCGCGUUGACCACACAGCAUUCCGCAAUCGCGUAGUAGGCGACCUUCUCAUAGGUCGGCACCGUGCGGUUGAUUAGGAUGAUUGGCUGAUAAUCCGCCGUGCCGAACCGGUUGUUGAUCUUCUCUGCAACCAUGAGCAUCUCCUCGUGGACCUCCUGCACAUCCUUUCCCUCGCUUCUUGCUGGAUUCGCAAUUUGGACCAAGACUGCGCGCCCCCUCCAUUCCUGGUGUUCUUCCAGGAGCUGACCCAUGGCCAGGAACUUCAGGCUUAUGCCCUUAAACAAAUCCAUGUCGUCGACGCCCAGUAACACGGUCCUGCCCUCGAACUGCAGCAUUAGCUCGCGGGCCUUCUCCCCGGCCUCCUGUGACCGCAUCACCGUCUCGAGCUGGCCCAUGUCUAUGCCAACGGGGAGGAUCUUGAUGCUGACCGUCCGCCCGUAGUACUCCAGGCCGAUGUACCCCCUCUUGGACUCGUAGUCGAUCCCCAGCAUCCGGCUGCAGCAGGACAGGAAGUGGCGGGCAUAGUCGAAGGUGUGGAAUCCGACGAGGUCCGAGUUGAGGAGCGCCCGGAGAAUCUCCUCCCUGACGGGCAGCGUCCGGUACAUCUCCGAAGACGGGAAGGGGGAGUGAAGGAAGAAGCCGAGUUUGACGCGGUACGAUCGCCGCCGGAGGAAGGUGGGGAGAAGCAUAAGGUGAUAGUCGUGCACCCACACGUUGUCCUCGUCUGUGUUAAGGACCUCGGUCACGGUGUCUCCGAAGACCCUGUUGGCGGAGACGUAGGCCAGCCAGAGGGAGCGGUCGAAGCGGACGCCACCGAGGGCGGAAGGGGAGACAGGAAGCAUGUAGUGGAAGAGCGGCCAGAGAUAGUGCUUACAGAAGCCAUGGUAGAACCGAUUGUGGACAUCGGCUGGGAGGAAGACCGGGACGCAGCGGAACUGAUCAUAUAGGAUCUGUUUGACCUCUUCUUCCUCCGAGGGGUCGACGGCGGCGUCGGGAUCGGAGGACGGAGGCCGGAUGGUGCCGACAUGGAGGAUCUCACACUGCGGGGGGAACCCCGCGCGAAGCUGCAGGGAGAGAGCGUCCGGGUCCCAUGAGAAUCGCCACCGGCGGGUGGCCGGAUCCCGGUGGCUCCGGAUGGGAAGCUGA